AUGGAUGAAUCGGCUUUGUUGGAUCUGUUGGAGUGUCCUGUUUGCUUAGAACGUCUUGAUGCUUCUGCAAAAGUCUUGCCUUGCCAACACACAUUUUGCAAACGUUGUUUGCUGGGCAUCGUGAGUUCUCGAAAUGAGCUUCGUUGCCCAGAAUGUAGGACUUUAGUUGAUUGCAGUGUUGAUGAACUUCCCAGUAAUAUUCUACUGGUUAGACUACUGGAUGGCAUCAAGCAAAGGCCCUGGAAACCUGGCACUGGUGGUGGGACUAGUUGCACAAAUGCAUUAAGAGCCCAGAGCAGCACUGUUGCUACUUGUGGUUCAAAAGACCCACAGAGCUCGCAAGGUGGACAGCAGCAAAGAGUACAAGCACGGAGUCCCCCUGUUAGGGGUAUACCUCAGUUACCGUGUGCCAAAGCAUUGUAUACCUAUGAGGGAAAAGAACCCGGAGAUCUUAAAUUCAAUAAGGGUGACAUCAUCAUUUUACGUCGGCAAGUGGAUGAAAAUUGGUACCACGGAGAAGUCAAUGGCAUCCAUGGCUUUUUUCCUACCAACUUCGUUCAGAUUAUUAAACCUUUACCUCAACCUCCGCCUCAGUGCAAAGCACUUUAUGACUUUGAAGUGAAAGACAAGGAAGCAGACAAAGACUGUUUGCCAUUUUCAAAGGACGAUGUGCUGACUGUGAUUCGCCGAGUAGAUGAAAAUUGGGCUGAAGGAAUGCUGGCUGACAAGAUAGGGAUAUUUCCCAUUUCGUAUGUUGAGUUUAAUACAGCAGCCAAGCAGCUUAUAGAGUUGGAUAAGUCCUCAGGUUCUGCUGUUGACUCUGGAGAAGGUACCUCGGGGGCAUCCCACAACAAUUCAGUCCAAAAGCACACUGAUACAAAGAAGAACACCAAAAAACGGCACUCCUUUACCUCCCUUACCAUGUCCAACAAGUCCUCGCAGUCUUCUCAAAACCGUCACUCGAUGGAAAUUAGUCCUCCUGUCCUCAUCAGUUCCAGUAACCCCACAGCGGCUGCCCGUAUAAGUGAACUGACAGGCCUCUCCUGCAGUGCUCCUUCUCAGGUUCAUAUCAGUACCACAGGGAUUAUUGUGACCCCGCCCCCUAGCAGCCCGGUUACAACUGGGCCUUCAUUUACCUUCCCAUCUGAGGUCACCUACCAAGCUGCUCUUGGCAAUAUGAAUCCCCCCCUUCCGCCACCACCUCUUUUGUCUGCCACAAUCAUUGCUUCAACAUCUUCAGGGCUGCCUUCUUCGGGAGUAGUACAAAGGCCUGCAUCAGGAACAACUGACCAAACACCACAUUUACGGCCACAGUCUCGACCAAGUGUGUAUAUUGCCAUAUAUCCAUACAGUCCUCGAAAAGAGGAUGAACUGGAACUGCGAAAGGGGGAGAUGUUUUUAGUCUUUGAACGUUGUCAAGAUGGCUGGUUCAAAGGAACCUCCAUGCAUACAAGCAAGAUUGGUGUUUUCCCUGGCAAUUAUGUGGCACCAAUCACAAGGACAGUGACAAGUGCUUCGCAAGCAAAAGUCCCCAUGUCUACUGCUGGCCAGACAGCACGAGUGAUGACCAUGGUCAGCCCUUCCACUGCUGGUGGAACAUCACAGAAACUUCAGGGGAACAGCAUGACAGUCCAUUCCAAUGUGGUCCCAACUGCUGUCGUUUCUGCAGCACAUAUCCAAACUAGUCCACCAACCAAGGUUCUUAUGCAUAUGUCGGGGCAAAUGACCGUCAACCAGGCUCGCAAUGCUGUUAGAACAGUUGCAGUACACAGCCAAGAAAGACCUACAGCAGCAGUGAUGCCGAUACAGGCUCAAAGUUCAGCAUGCCUUAUACCUGCAGCUGUGAUCAUUCCCCACCAUGCUGUUGCUUCCCAGCAGCUCCAGCCUCAGCUUUCAAAUGCUGCUGCUUAUGUCACUGCUGUGAAUAUCAACCGAUCAAAUGUUCCACUGGCUUGUGCAGCAGCUUCUUUAAACUCUUCCAGCAUCACCUCUGCAUCUUUGGAUGGAGACCUGAGUGGGAGAGCUGUGAGUGUUCACCCUGGGGCUCCUGCUUCUCCUGAAAAUGCUUUAGCAGCUGGUGGGAAUACUGCAGUCAGUAAACCAGACAAGGAUAGCAAGAAAGAAAAAAAAGGUUUGCUGAAGUUGCUUUCUGGAGCAUCUACCAAACGCAAGCCCCGAGUGUCACCUCCAUCAUCACCAACUCUGGAGGUUGAGCAAGCAGCUGUAGAGAUGGCCCUGCAGGGCGCAGUAGGGCCUGAGGUUCCAUCAGCUGUCAGCCAUGGCAGAGCUGGAUCCUGUCCUGUGGACAAUGAAAUCUCUGCAGCAGCACUAGCACAGGAGACUCUGCAUCGGAAAACAAGUUCUUUGGAUUCCAGUAUUCCUAUAGCACCUCCCCCCCGGCAGCCAUGUUCCUCAUUGGGCUCAGUCCAGAAUGAAUCCAGGCCUGUUGUUUGUGAAAGAUACAGGGUUGUGGUCUCCUAUCCUCCUCAGAGUGAAGCAGAACUUGAACUUAAGGAAGGGGACAUUGUUUUUGUACACAAAAAACGUGAGGAUGGCUGGUUCAAAGGCACACUGCAACGAAAUGGAAAAACUGGCCUUUUCCCUGGCAGCUUUGUAGAAAACAUCUGA